GAAAAGUUUUAGGUUAGAUCAUUCAGAUUCAUGUGCAUGAAUACGUUUAAGUCAUUUUAAUUUUUAAGAGGAAAUAAUAUUUUUGAUCCUACUGGACAGAGUCGCAAACUGCUGGCAAUCAUGUGGAUUCUUGCUGUAUCUACUCUGGUAUAUAGCUAUAGCGGAUGUUUGGUGUCAUUUCUAUCAUUUCCUGGUUUAGAAGAUGUACCGAGAACAUUUCCCGAUUUAUUUCAGGCUGUAAAGAACGGACAUUAUACAUUGAGCACUCCUAUGAAGUCAGUAGUAGGAGUGGUGGUUAAGAAAGGAGAAACAGAAUUAACUGCUACUAUGAAAAAAUUUCUUGCCGAAGGAAAAUUGGUGGAAAUAGAAAAAAGACAUUAUUUUGAAAGAAUGUUUGCAAUUAUAAGUUUCAGCAACACUGUGUUAUUGAAUGUUAAGACAAUAGGAGAAGAAAAUUAUCUGUAUUCUACAGAUAAUCUGUUUAUGCAAUUAGUGUCAUAUGGACUAAGAAAAAAUUUCCCCUUAAAAACAGAAUUUGAUCAAAUUUUGAGAAGAUGCCUUGAAGCAGGAUUACACGAUAAAUUUUUAUCUGAUGACUUACUUAGUGUCAGCAAUAAAAGACAAUCGUUGUUCGUAGAACCUGAUGAUUUUCGUCCUUUAACAUUAAAUGAUUUGUUUGGAUCAUUCGGAAUACUAAUAAUUGGACAUACAAUUUCAACAAUUAUAUUUAUCUUGGAAAUUAUCGUUAAACAAAUAACUUCUCAGUAUUUAAAAUAAAUUGAAGUGUUCUAGAUU